AGUGAGUUAAAACCGGUUCGAGUCGGUGAGCCAACUGUCAUAAAAUGCGUCAUAAACAAAAGCAAGACCCCGUCAUCAGUACUGUACGCAAGGCCUAAAAGAAGGAGAGAGAAAAGGGGCUCAAAUUGAACAGUAAUCGCUAGAAAUUCAACAAGAUCUGUGGGUAAAAACAAAUCGAAAAACCUAGGUACAAGAAGAUCGUACCUAAUUGAUUAGGAUUUCUACUAUUUGUCGAAAAUGGCACAGAACAGCCGGAAGACGUUGAUCUACGCACUGGUGGCGCGCGGCUCCCCGCCGGUGGUGCUGUCGGAGUACACGGAAUUCAGCGGAAACUUCAAUUCCAUAGCUUAUCAGUGCCUGCAGAAGCUUCCUUCCUCCAACAAUAAGUUCACGUACAACUGCGACAAUCAUACCUUCAAUUACCUCGUUCACGAUGGCUUCACAUAUUGUAUUGUUGCUGAAGAAUCGGCUGGAAGACAGCUCCCGAUGGCUUUUCUGGAGCGUAUCAAAGAUAACUUUGUGGCAAAAUACGGUGGUGGGAAGGCUGCAACAACUCCUGCUAAUGGCCUGAACAAAGAAUUUGGACCAAAGUUGAAGGAACAUAUGCAAUACUGCAUGGAUCACCCUGAAGAGAUAAGCAAACUUGCGAAGGUCCAGGCUCAGGUUUCAGAAGUCAAGGGUGUUAUGAUGGAAAAUAUUGAGAAGGUUCUAGACCGUGGAGAAAAGAUAGAGAUUCUGGUGGAUAAGACUGAGAAUCUUCAUAAUCAGGCCCAGGAUUUCAAGACUACUGGAACAAAAAUCAGGAGGAAAAUGUGGCUGCAAAAUAUGAAGAUCAAGUUGAUUGUUUUAGCUAUUGUGAUUGCGUUGAUCCUGAUUAUAAUACUCUCUGUCUGCAAGGGGUUCAACUGUGGAAAGUGAAUCGUCUGAUCACUCAAAUGCGGAGAUCUAUAUAUAUAUAUCUCUGCUGAUUUCGAGGUUUGAUAUGCUCGGAUAUGAUUGUUUAAUUAAGAAAUUCUUUUUGUAUGUAUUAAACAAGUUUGUACCUAUACGAUAUUCAUAGGUGAACUCCUGAACAAAGAGCUAUACAACAGUUUAUUCUGCUUCGUGUAAUGAACCGUGCUCCUAAUGCAAUUAUUUAGUGGUCUAAUCAUCUUGCAAC